GUCUCUCAGUUCUUGGAGCGGCUGGUUCAGGAUGGAUGUCUCAUGUGCGCACAUGCCAUCGCUGAGCGCUGGACCCCACCGCAACCCGUCGGCAGUGUGCGCGUGAGUGUGUGAGUGUGUGUGUGUGUAUGCGUGUGUGUGUGUGAGAGAGGGAGAGAGUUGCGGGGGAGCGCCGGUCGGGUUGAGUUUGCGUGUGUGUUUUGGGGCAGAUCUCAGUGGAAUCUCUCACGCUGGAUGUGUAAGGAUCACGGCAGGACCGACUGACCGUACGUGAAACUUCCAACAUGGCAGACCCUCUCUCUGGACUCACCUCAGCUCUCGUGCCCUGACGGAGAGGGAAGACAUGUGCUGGUCAUCUCUCCCUCACCUUCAUCAUCACCACCACCACUGAUCCCAGGCUGGAGGAACCAUGGUGAGCAAGGACGCUGGCAAAUGCAUGCUCACCAACUCUGAGUCGGACUCGGAGGCAACCGCGGCCUCCAUGGCCCUGGAGGUCAAAGGACCGUCAGACGACAGCCGACAUGUGCGCAAGCGCAACAAGGCCCUUCAGGUGCGCUUCAAGGACAUCUGCGAGGCCCAGAACGAACAAGCCGCUGCGGCCCGAGGAGGGAAGCCUCUCUACAAGGUGGCGUACCGCAAGUACAUGACCGUCCCAGCGCGCCGAUCGAUUCCCAACGUCACCAAAAGCACUGGAGUGCAAACCUCUCCGGACCUUAGGAAGCGUUACCAGACUUUUCCAUUUGAGCGGAAGAAAGGACACACGGUCAAGCACGCCGCUGCGGUGGAGAGCUGUAAGGACCAGGACGAUGGGUUUGUCAUUGACGUGAAAAGGGCGAAAGCUACCGUGGCGAGCAGCGAGUGUGCUCCCUCUCAUAAUCUGAGGAAAACCAAAGCGUUAAUGCACACCAGCAAGUGCGUCGCGACCAUAGAGCAACAUCCGCAAGCCAGCGAGUGUCUGGAGAGAACGGACGGGCCGUGCUCGGACGCUCUGGUUCUUCCCUGUCCGACUGAUGGGACCGUAGCGGGAGCGGACCACUCGGACUAUCAGAUGUGUAGCGUCAGAAGUAAACACAGUAAGGGCUUCCGGAGAGACUCCGAAACUCUUGAGCGCUCAGGCAAGCUGCAGUUGCUGAACUCUGGGGAGAGCGCUGGGAAUAUUCUCCAGGAUCCCUCCUCCAAAGUGACGGGACCCAUCGCGUGGAACUCCCUCACGCAGGUCGAGUGCUUGGAGAGUCCAACCGAGCGUAGCAAACGCAAGGCGGCACUGCAGCUCAACGGCCUGCAGUCUCAGACGCUCCCGAGGGCCAGUUGCACCACGCAGGUCCAGUGCCACGUGGGUACGCUGUCCGCUCGACCGCUGCGGGCCAUGGAGGAGGCGGCGCCCGUGACUUCGGUCUCCUCCACGGCCGUUCCCAUGCCGGCACCUCCGGGAGCGGGAACUCUACGGACGGAUAAUGAGGCGUGCAAGCAGAUAGUGCCCGUCAAUCAGGAUGGGGAUGUUAAAGCGCAGCUCCAAGCCAUGGAAAACAUGAUCAGCUCCAGUCAGGAAACCAUUAAAGUGCUGCUGGGUGUCAUUCAGGAGCUGGAAAAAGGAGAAGCUCAUAGAGAAGGGCUCUCCUAUCGGACCGGACAGGACACGGCCAACUGCGACACGUGUCGGAACAGCGCAUGCAUUAUUUACAGUGUGGAGCUGGACUUUAAACUGCAGGAAGAUAAGCUACAGCCUCUGAUGAAGAGAUUGUGUCCCACGGAGGAGUCCCUGUUCCCCCCUCUGCCCUAUCCUCAGGAGACCAUCGGCUCCACGCCCAAACGCAAGUCCAAAGCGGAGGCCAAGAAACACGCGCGCUGGAAACUCUGGUUUCUGUGACCGCAGGAUUACAUACGCCGCUUUAUUAUGCUUUUGAUCAUAUUUUCAAGAAGGGAUCAGGACAGAAUGCAACGCUCCACGUGCAUCUGUUCACUUGCUUAGUUAUGCCCGAUUUUGAUCAGGAUGAAAUGGGAAAAUCCUAUCAUUUUUUUUUGUUUUUUCCUCUGUACUUUAUGGAUGCGAGUACUGAUUUGGAAAUAUCGCAGCUUACACUGAAAAAAAAUUAAAUCUAUGUAUAUUUAACAGAGAGAAAAAAAAUGGAAUUUGCUUCCGGAAAAAAAAAAAAGGAAUAAUGAGACUAUUUCCCUCAAGCAGAGCGUGAAAUUAUUUUAAAAGAGCGAGAGACAUAACUGGAUCAAUAACAAAUCUUGCUUUACAACUAUUGUUUCUUUUUUGAUCCUCAUCCUGCUAAAGGUUGGUAUUUAAAACAGAAAAACAGGACAAGCUUUUCAUUCUGGUCUUCUCUUCCUCAUGGAAAUCGACGCAAUCUCAGCAUUCAAUCGAAGCACAACUCUUCAGAUGCACUAGAUGAUGAUUCUCACAGAGGACUUCAUGGAUUUAAAACUCACCAGAGGAUGUCAUUAUUUGCAGAUCAAACCGGCGAAUUCAUGAGAUUUAUAUGGAAAUAAUCUUCCAAGCCUCUGUGAAUUCAUAUAAACUUUCAUAUACUAUUAUUACCAGGAAGAAAAAAAAAAAAGGAAAAAUGUACGACUUAUUUUUCUAGAUUCUUAAUAAUCACACAUUUCAAGAUUUUCUAGAAACACUAUAUAUAAGCUUCUCUCACUUAUUGGAUUAUUGAAACUAUAGGAAGCGUUUUCAGAUUGUGUCUGUUAAUUUUAAAUUGUUUCAAUUCAAAUAAUGUUCUUCUAAUACAAGUACGGACAUAACCAUGGAAACAACGGUAAAUGUUUACCUUUCUGUGACAGGAAGUCAUGUGAUACACAGUCACCACACUAGAUUGAUGAACUGAUCUGCAUAUGGAAAAAAAGACGAUUUAACAAUACAGGAUCGAAAUGUCAUAGAUUGACCUCGGUGCAAUAUAUAUAUAUAUAUAUAUAUAUUAAUACAAAGCCGGACAGUUUGUAGUGUUGCAGGAAAGUAUAUUAAAAUUGAUAUUUUAACAGUUUUAAAUUAAUUUAUGUAUUUUUACUUAAAACUUUAGAUAGAAUCCCUAGAGUGUGACAUCACGUCCUGUCUAGUGUGACCGCACAUGACAUCUGCACUCAAUCAAACAAUGUUCCUAUGGAAAAUAAAAAUAAUGAAGAACACCAGAGCAAAUAAGGUAUAGUUGAGCAUAUGUGUGUGUGUCGCGGGUCCUACGAGAGCUAAUUGAAAGUUUGAAAGCAUUACAAUGUUCAGAAAGGAAAUUCAGUCACAGGUAGACAAAAACAAGUCCAGAUGGUAUUUCAAAAGAAAGAAAGAAAUGAUAUAUUGGCUAAAAAAUGAAGUGAAAUGAAAGCAACAUUUUUUUGAGCAUUGUGGCUUUGUUUUUUUAUUACAAUAUAAACACAUUUUCCCCAGAAUUCACAUUAUCUUUCUCAAUGUAUGGA